GGUUAACCUGUAGUUUUAGUCGUAUUAAUGAACAUUAAUAGUUUAAAAAGAAAUUAUACCUAACUAUAUCAUUUGAACAUUUAUUACUAUUCAAUUUAAAUAUUUUAUUUUAUUGAUUUACAUAAGAUAGUUCUGCUGACAACAGACACUAAAUUUACGGUUUUUAUCAUCAUAAGAUAAAAAAUUAAUUGCUAUUACAUUUUUUAGGUUCUUUAUUUUAAACCAAUAUAAUGGAACCUAUUAAAAGAGUGCUUUCUAUUCAAAGCCAUGUUGUCAGUGGAUACGUAGGUAAUAAGUGUGCUGUAUUUCCAUUACAGAUAAUGGGUUUUGAGGUCGAUGCUAUAAAUUCUGUUCAAUUAUCAAAUCAUACUGGUUAUAAAACUUUUUAUGGCCAAAUAUUAAAUGAAAAAAAUUUGUUUUGUGAUCCAGUAAUGGGUGAUAAUAAAAAAAUGUAUGUUCCUAAAGAAAUAUUGGAUGUUUAUAAAAAUGAAAUAAUUAACUUGACUGAUAUUCUUACACCUAAUGAAUAUGAGUUAGAGUUAUUAACAGGUAAAACUAUAACUACUUCUGACGACAUACAAGAAGCAAUAAAUUUAUUGUAUGCACAAGGUUGUAAGACUGUUAUUGUAUCUUCUUCUAAUAUAUCUUCAAAUAAUGAAUUAAAAUGUAUUGGAAGAAAUAUUAAUGAUAAAGUGUAUGUUGAAAUAAGUAUUCCUCUAAUCAAUCAAUCUUUUAUUGGUACUGGUGAUUUGUUUACUGCAUUAAUAUUAAUAUGGAUGAAUUUAACUAAUAAUGACUUGAAAAAAACAAUGGAAAAUACAGUUGCAACUAUUCAAGCAGUUUUACAACGAACUAUUAAAAACAUAAAUUCAAAAGAUUCAAUAAAAUCUAAUGAACUUAAAUUAAUUCAAAGUUUGGAUGAUAUUCGAAACCCUGAAGUCAAAAUAUUUGGUAGUAUUCAUGCAAUUAUCUAACGAGUAUUAGUUUACACUAAUUUAUAGAUACCAUGUAAAAGACGAACACCAUAUAGAUGAUACUAGUAAAUAUAUGAUUAGGGAUUAAUUUCCAAUAUUUUAUAAUAUGGGAAUUAAGUUACUCUAGCCAUGUCAAUGGAAUCUAUCCAAUUAGGAUAUAUUCUUAAAUUAGCUAAUACAAAGACUAGUUAAUUCUGUGAAAUGCUGACUUAAAAUAUUUCAAUCAUUCUUUAUAAGAAUGCAUGUAGUUUAUCAACAAUUACAAUUGUAUUUGUCAUUGUAUAAUUUUGGAGUUAUAUUCUUGGAACAAAAUAUAACUAUUAAUUAAUUUUGUA